AUGGCGCCUCUCAACGAGACGUUACGACAGCGGGUUCAAGGUCAUCCCCAUGUGAGGCUCAACACGUCAGGCCUCUCCUUUCCAGAGUCCUCCCCAUUUAAUAACUCCGACCUUGAAGGCUUCGUCCUGCUGGAUGACAUCAAUUCCACGGCUGGUUUUGAUGAAAGGGCGGUACGAGAGGUGGAGACUGGCCUCUGGGUUCUCGUUACCUUGUCGGCGCUGUUUCUUAGCUUGAGAUUGUAUUGCAAACGCAAAAAUCCCACCUCCAAACUCCGCUGGGAAGAUGCUGUCCUGGCGGCAUCAUGGAUGAUGCUUAUACUCAACGCGGCCCUCGCGACCCUCCUCAUACAUAUGGGGCUGGGCUCACCAGACUUUGCCCUCACGCCCGACAACAUCGAGGACGUGGUACUCCUGGGGCUGUCUUCUCUCACCACGGGCAUCGUGGCGCAGGCGUGGUCCAAGACGUCCUUUGCCAUGACGCUCCUCCGCAUGACCGAGGGCUGGUGGCACAACGUCGUCUUGAUCUCCAUCGUGACGGUCAACGUCUUCUUUGGCGUCUCUGCCGCCCUCUUCUGGGUUGGGUGCGACCCGAUCGAGAAGAAGUGGAGGCCGUUGAUGCCAGGAAAAUGUGACGAUGGUGCGCUCAGCCGCGCGGCUACUUUUGGGGUCAUCGUGAGCGUCUAUUCCGGUCUGGUCGACAUCUUAUUAGCUAUUUUACCAUGGCCCAUCUUGCUCAAGUGGACCAAGAAGACUUCCUCAGACCAACAUCUAUGUAAAAGGGAGAAGAUUGGCGUCGCCAUCGCCAUGAGUAUUGGCAUAUUCGCCGGCAUCACUGCCUUCGUCAAAGCCAGAUACAUGACUUCCUUUUACAACAUCAGCAUAGACCUGGGCGACGACGUGGGACGUCUGACGACGUGGUCGGCGGCCGAGACCGCCGUGACCAUCAUGGCGACGAGCAUCCCGGUCCUGCGGGUGCUGGUCCGCGACGUGGCCAACAAGGAAGGCCGGCGGCUCGCGUCGACGCUCGCCUCGUCCCGCCUGGCCUACCACCCAAAGCGGACCUCGAGCUUCGUCUCGCAAAAGAGGCCGCUGACCUCGCCGCCGUCGCCGACGCCCACGACGCCCUCCACCCCGAGACCCAGGUCGCUGGUAGAAACCCACGACGACGUCUUGGUGCCCCGCGUCGCGGCCCCGUCGCCCACGGUCAAGCAUUUCAGCAGACCGUUGCCGCUACUGCCGUAUCAGAAGGAGGAUAGGUCGAGGGUCCGCCGCGAGGGGUGGUAUGUCCUCCGCGAGAACGUGGGAGGCGGCGCGGGAAGUAACCGGGGUCAGAGUGCGGACGGUGCUGUAGGCUUGGUCGGCAGGGCCCUGUCCGGAGAGGACCCCCAACGGAGCAGCAGGGGUGUGGGGAGCAGAAGGGAACGUGCAAGCGAGGGUCAUAAUAUCGGGGCGGUCGAGAAGCGAAGGUUUCCGUCACUGUAG